AUGUUGAAAGACCGUGGAGGAAUGUGCAUCGAAAUCUAUUUGAACUCGAGUAUACAGUACAGUGGCGCGCUGUUCCGUGUUCUCGAAACCAUCAGACCCUUUUAUCUCGCUCUUCGCGAUACCAAGGUCAAGAUCAAGGUCUUUGGCUACAACUUCUUCAGUUUACUCGAAGACGAAAGCGAUGAUGUCUUUUCAGAACAGCUGAACUAUUACUUCAUGGGUACUCCUGAAGAAUGGCUGAAAAUGAAGAAGAUGGAGAAUCAAGAGAUUCUAGAGGCACCGUUGCGGAAUCAUUGCAAGCGAACCGUCAAGAUCAUGCGGAAGAACCUUGAGUUCUAUGAUGCCUUUGUACGCCGGGUGGCACUUGUGGAUAACGCUUGGUUGGCCAAGUCGUGCGCACAUCCGUAG